AUGCCUAAUCGAGGAGGAAAGAAGAGGAAACCUGCUGCUCCAAACGUUUCUCAGAGAGUCGGAGCGUCAACAGCAAAUAAACGGCCGCACACUCUACCCAAUCAGUACAACUUCACGCCGGCGGUCCAAUCUCCUCCUCCGCUGCAGACGCCUGAAGUACAACGACAGUCAUCGGCGGCCCAAAUCCGGAACUAUCCUCCACCUCAACAGCUUUUUCAGAACUCCUACACUCACCCACCGCAGCCUACAGUGAACCCGACCCCUUCUCAAGAAGUCCAUCCGUCGCAUCCUCCGUCUCAACAGCUUUUUCACAACUCCUACACUCACCCACCGCAGACUACAGUGAACCCGACUCGUUCUCAAGAAGUCCACUACAAUCCGUCGCAUCCUCCGCCUGCUCUAGUUGACCCUCCGCCUACUCUAGUUGACCCUCCGCCUUCUCCAGCUGAAGUCUCUCAGACUCGCAGUCAUCGUUCGCAUCCAUCGUCUCAAGGCAACAAUUUCCAAGCUGAUUAUCCUCCGGUGUUGCCGGAACUCCAGGAGGACACAUUGCGGGCUCUGAAUGCACUGCUUCUAGUGCCAAACAGACAUGAGUUCACCACCGUCCUCUCUCCCAUUCCCCUACCAAAGACAGAAUGGUUUGAUCGUGACCCUGGAUCUACGCUUGUUCGGAAGAUUACACUACAAGAAAACACGUCUUUUGCGAUGGACGAAUAUAUCGCGAAUCCCUCGCAAAUCGACAAAAGCGAGAUAUUUGCGAGGAAAGUCCGUUCCUAGCAAAUCG